GGGAGUGCCAGGUGAGCAGUACAGGUAAACGGUUUCAGAUGACCAGAUUGGAGCUGGAUAAUAUCUUGGAGGCGGUGUACGGUGGAGUGGACCCCAGCAUCUCUGGCAAUGGUGGAGAGGAGUGUGCUGCCUUCCUGCCAGUUGGUCAGCGUAUCCUGGAGACUAUCAUCAUGAUCACUGUAUCCUUGCUGCAAAUUGUGUUGGCCUACAGGAAAAUCAGAGGUGUUCAGGAGGAUUGGACAUUACAAACAUCAUCACAGGAAUGUGAGGAGACUCUGGGGAGAAACCUCCUGCAGGCUGUCCUAUGCCUGACCUUCGGGUUGGAGAUUGGAUUUAAGUGUGCGACCAAAACGCUCAUCUACCUGCUGAAUCCUUGUCAUGUUGUUACUGCCCUACAGAUAAUCCUGCUUACUUGUCCACCUUGCCCUGCUGUCUUGAUUCUCUUCAGGUUACACAUGCACAUGUUGAAUGGACCUCUUCUGGCAUUGCUCUUCCCUGUAGUCAACACUAGACUGCUCCCAUUUGAAACGGAGGUGUAUUACAUUCAGCACAUUCUCAUGUAUGUUGUCCCUCUCUACCUGCUGAGCAAAGGUGAUAUCUAUAAACCAGAGCCGUUGGGAGACUUCUGGUGGCCACUGCUGGCAACGGGUAUUCUAUUUCUAUAUCACUACACUGUUCUUCAGGCCCUAGGACUGGUCACCAAAGUGAAUUUGAAUUGCAUGCUGUGCCCAGCUGUUUCAGACCCAUUCCAUGGACCCUACUAUCGGAUGUGGGCAUCUCUGCACCAAACAGCGCUGCUGCUGAUACACGGCAAACUGAUCAUUCUCCUCUCCUACGCCGUGUCCCUGGUGACCCGGCAUCCCCCCAGGCUUAUGCGACAACCUUCACAGAAACUAGACUGAGUGACACCCUGAAGGAGUUUGCUCGGCGGUACAGAUUCCAUUUUGUCUGGAGAUCGCAGGAAUGAAGCUGCUGAGAAAAAAGUGAGAAGAGCAACAUAAACAAAAAAAAGAAAGAGAAUGGUAAUGCAGCAAUACCGUCUGCCUGGAUUUUGGUGGAAAGUUGUGUUGGGCAUCUAGAGAUUGCUGCCCUACUGGAGCCCAGGAUUUACAAUACCCACCCAAUGGGGCUGGGGUGGGCGGGGGCGGGAAAAAUUCAAUUGCUUUCCUUCUGCCAUCAACUGUGGUCCAUGAAUAUUCCGGCAAAACUCCUGCAAUAACAACUUCAAUGGACUGCAAGCUGUGUCCUGAUGGAUAGAAACUGUGUCCUACGCUUGAUCCUGUUUUUUCAAAUGGCCCUUGCUCUGGGAGAAGAUGAAGAAAAUGCCUCAGACACAAUGCAACUCUCCCAUGAAGCAUUGACAUUAAUGACUGGGAGGAACUUGCUACCAAUCGUUUUAGAAUGAGGGUAGCUCAUCCUGAUGGGACAUCCUGUUUCAAGUGACUGAAGUUCUUGAGGCCUGUUUGGUGACAUGAAGACCUAUGGUGGAAACCCUCCUCCCUGUUGACAUCUCUCCAAUUGAGGGAGGGCCUGGCUGGGAGCUAGACAAUGGGGACAUGUGGCGUUGUGAAUCCACAGUUUGAUGCAGAACAGGAGGCCUACCCGCAUCAUUGUGAGCCUCUCUGUCAACCUGAUAACAAAAGGAAAUUAAAUAGCCGCAUAGUGACUUUA